GCAUGUCUAAACAAGAGUGACAACAGCUCAAUUAUCCGCUAGGGGACCUUCGUAUCGAUGGAACAGGCUUUUUGUACACGGACAUAGCAUGUUUCGCGAGCCCCUUGAUGUGAGGCACAGAUAUCAAUCGUGCUCCUCAAGACGCAUCUCAAGAUGCUGUCCCUGCGACUAGUCAACCGGACAUGUCAAACAAGUCUGGCGGCACCACGGACUGGCACGCGACUUGGGGUCCAUCACACCCGAAAAUGGUCGAAUUCGCGUUCGAAUCUAGUGAAGGUAUCUGAGGAAGUUCAACAAGCCAUUGCAGAAAAUCGACCUGUUGUCGCCUUAGAAAGCACGAUCUACACACAUGGGUUUCCCUACCCAGAUAACCUUGCUUUGGCAUCACGAUUGGAAUCAUUGGUACGACUUAAUGGCGGUGUACCUGCAACUAUUGGCAUCAUUGACGGGGUGCCGAAAGUCGGACUGGGAGCAGAUGAUCUAAUCCGUUUGGUCUCAUCGUCCUCGGAUGCAGGCAACUUGAUGAAAGUCUCGCGACGGGAUCUAGCCUUUGCCUAUCGACCUUUCAAUGGAGGUACAACGGUCUCUGGUACCAUGAUCCUUGCCCAUUUGGCCGGCAUCAAGGUGUUUGCGACAGGAGGUCUAGGUGGUGUCCAUCGUGGUGCGGAAGUCACCAUGGAUGUGUCGGCCGAUCUCACGGAGCUAGGUCGGACUCCCGUGGCAGUUAUCAGCUCUGGCUGCAAGUCUUUCCUGGAUAUUCCAAAAACCUUGGAGUAUCUCGAGACUCAAGGUGUGGCAGUGGCAACAUUUGCAGACGGACGAACAGGCUCCGUGGACUUUCCAGCAUUCUACACUCGAGAGAGUGGCGUGCGCAGUCCUGUAGUGUUCCAGGACGAAAUUUCUGCCGCUCGUGUCAUAUAUGCCUCGCACCUUCUCGGUCUUCAAUCUGGGAUGGUCUUUGCAAACCCGAUCCCUGAGCACCAUUCCAUUCCUUUCGAGAAGAUGGAAGUAUCCAUAGCACAGGCUCUACAAGAGGCUCAUGCUGCAGGAGCUACUGGCGCAAAGAGCACGCCUUUCAUUCUUGCAAAAAUCAAAGAACUCACAGGCAACAAGAGUGUCGAAGCGAACAAAGCUCUGGUCGAAGCCAAUGUCAUCCGUGGUACAAAGGUCGCUGUUGCACUGGCUCGGCUCGAGCGCGAUGGCUCCAUCGGACUGAAGAACGAGCAGCAUUCUGCGGCAGAGGUCAUUGGCCCAGGUCCGCGAAAUUACACAAACGACGGCGUCCCAGGAGGGCCGGCAUCUGCAAUCCAAGGAUCUACAAGAUCGGGCACUUUGUUUCACAACAAGGCCAUAGAAUUGCCGGAUUAUAAACCGACCGUUUUUGUGGCGGGUAGUCUUGCUGUCGAUCUAGCAUGCGAUUUUCAACCUCGCGCCGGCAGUGCCGCAAGUACGCCAGCGCCGCAUACAUCUAAUCCAGCGAGGGUCAUUCAGUCCCUCGGAGGAGUAGGUCACAACGUUGCCCGUGCAGCCCAACUCAUGGGUGCUAGAGUACAGCUCUGUAGUGUCGUUGGCGAUGACCUCGCUGGCAAAGCAGCACUGGAAGCGUUGAAUAUCGAAAAGUUGCCGAGCACAGGUAUCGCGACUCUUGAGAAGGAGAGCGGUGCCCGUACGGCUCAAUACGUUGCCGUGAAUGACUCGUCGAAGGACCUUGUUAUUGCCAUGGCCGACAUGAGCAUCAUCGAUGGAGAUGAUGCUUCACUUCUCAAGACCUUCGAAGCGCGUUGGCUUCCCUCGCUUCAAAAGCACAAACCCAGCCAUGUUGUACUUGAUGCAAAUUGGUCACCAAAGCUUCUGAGCGCCUGGCUUGCAGCUGCACACGAGAUCUCUGCACAUGUCACGUUUGAGCCUGUGAGCACCGCCAAAGUCACCAAAAUCUUCCAAUUGCCGCCUUCCUCGUCAGGCAGGGGCAGUGCUUCCGUGCUGCCUGUCUUCCCUCUCCCUCAGAUCCACCUUCUCACACCUAACGACCAUGAACUAGCCGCUCUGCAUGCCUUCGCCUCUUCAUCAUCAGUGUCUUUGGGGAACAACCCACACCAUUUCUCACGCGACGACUGGUGGCGUGUGAUCAACGCCUUCGGAAUACCCGAUACUGGUGCUCGUGCCAAACUUUGUCUCGCCACUUCGAAGGCUUUGGUAGACCAGGGUAUUCCUCAGCAGUGUCUGCAGCUGCUGCCUUUCUUCCCUGUCAUCGCCGCGAAGCUUGGUCGCCAAGGUGUACUUCUCGUGCAAGUUCUCCCUGCAGGAGACCCCAGAUUACAGAAAGCAGAAUAUGCAGAAUUCAUGUUGAGCCGGAAUCCUACAGCAGGCGCUGAGGAGGAGCCCAAUGGCAGCGAGAGUAUCGGAGGUGUGUACAUGCGAUUGUUCCCCCCACCGGAAGAAAUUCCCGCCGAGGAAAUUCGCAGUGUCAACGGAGUUGGAGACACUUUUGCGGGCGCCUUGGUUGCGGGCCUUGCCAGAGGGAAGGAGAAUGGAAGAGAGACCCACGUGGAGGAUUUGGUUGACCUAGCACAAAGGGCUGCCGGUUUGACGUUGAGGAGUCUCGAGGCUGUGAGUGGAGAAGUGGCCAGCUUGAAGAGCCUACUGAAUUGA